AGUGUUUUGCUCCUCUCCUCCGUACGCCCUUCUAUAACCAAAGCACAACCAUCUCAUUUCAUCAAAUCAAAUUCCCUUUUUACUUUGUUUUUUGGGGUGUUUUUUCCCCUCUUCCUUACAGCGCCGUGUCGCGUUUAAUAACAAUAAAAUUAGAAAAUGAUGACAGAACAGCAGCAGUUGAUGAGAAUGGGAGAUGGGAGCAGAAGUGGGAAAAGAUUCAUGGAAGAAGAAGAGAGGCUUGAUAUUGUAGACUUGAGUGGCUUGUCAAUGGAUUCUCUUCCAAAAUCUUCUCUCAAUUUGACUACCAUUUGCAAAUUAAACCUCUCCAACAAUAAUCUUCAGAACAUACCGGAGUCACUGACGGCGAGAUUACUUAACUUGGUGGCGUUUGAUGUACACUCCAAUCAGCUUAAGUGUCUCCCCAAUUCUAUUGGUUGUCUCUCUAAGCUCAAGACUCUCAAUGUUUCCGGCAAUCUUCUCCGAUCUCUACCUAAAACCAUUAAAAAUUGCAGGUCAUUGGAGGAAUUGAAUGCGAACUUCAACAUUCUCACAAAGCUCCCAGAAUCAAUGGGGUUCGAUCUAAUACACAUGAAGAAACUCUCCGUGAACUCAAACAAGUUGGUUUGUCUCCCUCAAUCCAUCACCCACCUCACCAACCUACGUGUCCUCGAUGCACGCCUCAACUGCCUCCGAACUAUCCCAGAGGACAUGGAGAACUUAAUCAACCUCCAGGUCCUCAACGUCAGCCAAAACUUCCAAUACCUUCAGAACCUCCCCUACUCCAUCGGCCUCCUCGUUUCCCUCGUGGAACUCGACGUCAGUUACAAUAAAAUCGCAACUUUACCCGAUUCCAUCGGAUGCAUGAAGAGGCUCCAGAAGUUGAGCGUGGAAGGGAACCCCUUGAUGUCGCCGCCGGCGGAGGUUUUCGAGCAAGGGUUGCAUGCGGUGAAGGAGUAUCUGGGUGAGAAAAUGAAUGCGGGUCAUAGGAGCCCGCAGAAGAAGAAAUCGUGGGUGGGGAAGUUGGUGAAAUGCGGUACGUUCAAUGGGUCGUCGGAGCGUGAGGGGAGAGAAGGUGAGGGGAGAGAAGGGUUUAUCAUUUCGGAAUAUAGAUCGAUCGACGGUCUUGCUUCGCCUCGGUACAUGGGGAUGUUCUCUCCCCGCCGGCUAUUCUCGUCCGGUAGGUACUUUUCCAGAUGAAGGAUACUCGAACAGAACUCCGGAUACGUUUUGGAUGGACGCUGAAAUCCACUUCGGUGAGUGUGUGGAUUGUGCAUUUAAAUGGGAUUUUGGG